ACUGUCUUCUUAGUUGUAUUUUGAGUUUCGCACGCGACUAUCAUGUAGUUACAUGAUAGCGAUGACGCAGAAGGCAAUAACAUAAUAAUGUAGUUCUAGAAAUAGCCACACCGGGGCGUUGCUCAACAUGAAAUUACAACGCGCAUGCUUACUUUAUAUUGAUACAAACAAGAAGUGUACAAUCGAGUCCGUUAAAUAUAGGUAUAGUAUGAUGACAGCGGUACUCGGCAGCCGCUAGCGAGUGUAUAGUGUUCAGUUUGCGCACACUGCCCGAGUUUAUACGAGGUUGAUUGUGUUUCGUUUUGACGCAUAAUAAUCCGUGGUGUUUCUGCGGCUUAUGAUCGAUUUGCGUAAUCUAUUUUCAUAAACACACAUAAUUUUCUUUGCGAUUUCAGUGCGCCGCAGUUAUUAUGAAAGUGAUACAUUUUAACAUCGAUCAUAACCGUGAGCUUAGGCACAUACGAGUAGUUAUAGCGUGAGGAAUUGCCACACCAGAUUGAACGUAAGAUUCGUGUAGUAUUUGGGAUCACUAUGUUUAUAAAUGUGUGUGAAAUUUAUGAACAAAAAAUCAUCAUAAACUGUGCGUUAAUUUACUGUGGAAAAUGACAUUAUAAUAAUUAUUUUUGAAAGUAGGUAGAUAUACAAUUGUCAGAAUGCCUUCACAAAGUCAAGAAAUAAAUAUUGAUAUAAACUCUAAUGAAGAUUCGACUUCCAUAAGUGAACCAAAGGACGAUAGAAACGAGGAAGUUAAAUAUGUGGCUGCAGAGAAUGUUGGAAGCAUUGCUCCGGCGGGCCUUAGUUCGGACCAAAAACUGGCAUUUGCCUUAAGAGAUUUCUUGGGACCUUCUAGCAUGGUUCCCUCUGAUGAUACACCAUCUCCGUCCAUCACCGAACAAAAGCUGCCUUAUAUAGAUGAAAUUUUAGAUGCUGAUCUUGCGAAUUCCGACGAAGAGCUUAAGACGUGUCAGGAGACCGAGGAAGUUUUAAAUAACGCGGCAUGCAGGCUGAGACGAUGGCGUGCAGCAUCACGAAAGCUUCGUAGACCUCGUAUAAUCGACAACCUAUGUAGCAGUAAGGAGUGUGGUAGUGGAAAGGCUUUUAGUGGUGGUCAUACGGAUUUAGCCGAUCGUUUGAGAAGUUUGGCGGCGGCCGGAGGCAUGUCAGCAUCGGCUGGAGAACUAAUGUCCUUGGCUCCACCACCUCCUGCUGCCACUGCCCCAUCUUCACCAGGAUGCUUGCUCACACCAACUCUUGCCGAGCAGAGUUCCGCUGAAUAUUUUGGGUCAAGUCCUGAGUGCUGUAUAGAUGUUAUCGGGUCAAAAGUUACAAACUCGUCUGGGACUCCCGUGCCACCCCCGGGACCGAGGUACAAGUUGGCUACAGAAGGAACUUUGAGAAUAUGUUCCUUUCAACAUACUAGGACUGUGGUUGACAAAAUCUUAGCAGCCAAAUUCUUUAGGAGAUGGGAAAGCCACGUUCUGUGUUUACUGGAUGACCACAUCGUCUCAAAAACUCCUUGCGGUCAAAUGGAACGACCAUUGACGUACAACUGCAUGCAGGAAGUAUACUGUAUAUCGAGAUGGGAUCCCGCCAGAAAGUACUGUCUGCGAAUUGUAAUGCCUCAUGGAUCAUUAUUAUUACAGGCUAACGAUGCAUACACAAGGGACCAGUGGUACUACUCAAUAGUGUGGAGAAGGAACAUGCUGCGUUAUCGUAAUAUAUUAACGAAAACUGUGAGGAAGGAAUUAGUCGUGAAAGAGUUAAAGAACAUGGUGGAUUUCGUGAUGACAACACCAUUGCAGGACGAGUGUGUGACGAGGACACCCUUGUUGCUGCUAACAAAUUUACUCUCUGAGAACAAAGACAGUCCAGACUGGGAGGACUGGGCUGAAACAACGACAAGCGUUGCUGCACCACUUUUAGCAGAGAGAGGUGUCAACGGUGAGCUGUGUGCACUGCUCGCGCGGUUAUGUAGACGCAGACCCCGGUCUGCUCCUUUGCCAGCACUGGCACCGCCUGUGAGGCGCGUGCUGACUAGAAAUGUUGAUUUCGGAAAAGCGCCUCAUGCACGACAGUUCGUUAGGGACUAUAUAAGUGCCUUAAGCGCUCAUAACUCCGGACCAAGCUUAGUUCGACGCUUUGUGGAGGUCACUCAUGGAAAUCGUGCCACUUGCCCCCAUCCCAGAGCUGCUCCCAACUUGGCAGCAGUAGUCUUGGCAGCUAUUGAUGAUCACUACAGGAAUUAUACCACGCCACAUCAGUGCGAUGAUACUGAAUACGACGUACUAUGCUUUGCGGAUAUCUUGGAGCACAUGUGCGAAUACGAAGACUGGCUGACAAUAGUAGGAGGAGUCUUACAGCCCGUUCCUAUACGAGCUAGUGCCAUGGCGUGUCCUCGAGUUGCAUUUCGCUUGGGGAAUGUACUAAAUGCAUUAUCUCGGGAUCAGCGCUGCUCUGUGCACAGUUGUGUGGCAUCCGCCCGGGCUGCUCGACCCUGCCCACCGUCUUGGUUGCGGGCCGCGGCACCUUCAGAACCAAUUCUGUCAUUGCCACAUGCGAAGCUGUGUCAAGUGUGGGGAGAUAUGGUACAAGCUUUACUGAAUUGUUGCUGCAAAAGAAAAAGCUUCCUCCAAAGUAUGAGUAAACAAUUGCCAGACUUCAUGAUAGUUGCCUUGACUGAACACCCGGCAGCUCUAGAAGCCUUAUGCCUGAUGCUCGAAUGGGAGGUGGCCAGUGGGGAACAAACUCAAUUAGAGAUUAUUGCUGCCUUACAGGGUACUGAAUUAGGAAAGCAGUAUUAUACAGAUUUAUGUGAACGACAAAAAACAUUGCAACGACUUCAAGCACAUGGAGGUCCCAAACGGUUAGCCUUGCCAGUGCGUGCGACGGAUGAAGAUGUUGCGGCAUUACUAGAAGCUGGAGCCCUUGGUAACCUUGAAUGUUUGAGCCUUGCUUUCACUAGCGUCACAAGCGCUUGCGCACAUCAUUUAAUAAAGCUACCGUCACUUCGCUACCUUAACCUAUGGGCAACAAAGUUCGGAGAUAGUGGAGUUCAACUGAUAGCGGAACAUUUACCGCGACUGCAAGUACUUAACCUAUGCGAAACUCCCGUCUCUGAUAAGGGCAUAGAGGCAUUAUCAGGACUAUCCAGUCUUAGAAGAAUAAAUCUUAACAGCACUAAACUAUCAGCCGAGGCCUUCGAUACUCUACGUCAAAGGUUACCCCAGCUUCAAGAAUAUGAUGUUCGCUACACUGAGGCUUGGUGACAAAACAACUUUUCUUAGUAGUAAUAUAGUACCUACAGGUUUUUAUCCAGGUGCAAAUACAACAUAAUUAUUUGCGACUUCGAAAUUUUUGCUUUUUUUAACUGUAAAUAAUUAAAUAAAUCAUCCAUCAUAGAAAUAUCCUAAACUCCAAAAUCGUUUAAAGUCGGUUAAUGAAUUCCAAUUCCAAGCGCAAUGGUAUAAAUAAAGAACGUGUUCUAACACUAUUGUGCACUUUACAUUUAAUAUAAUCAAACUUAAAUCUAGUGUCAUUUGGAUGUUGGAAUACGAUCCUUUGAGCGCGACGAAUUAGGAAUACCUACUAUAUCAACAUUAAAUUUAAUGCAUUUAUUACAAAACCUUUCCUAAUCUAUAAAUUUCUUUAUGUAUUAAGUUUUAUUCCUAAGUAUAUUUAUAGACUACUAUAGUUAUAAGGAUUCUUUACCGAUUAAGUAUUAUAGUAUGUAUUAAAAUAAAUCUAUGCCAGACUU